AGUAGCGUUAGCAGUAGCCGUAACUACUCCAACACGGCCCCUCCAGGGAGCCUGCCUGGGCCUGCUCUGCCCACACCCCUCCUGCCAGCACCUCCCACAGGCUGCCCUGUGAAUGCUGGGCUUCCCCAGGGCUGGGUCUUUACACAGUCCUGUGGUGUGACUUGUGGCCUGGAGAGCUCCAGCUCUUGCAGGUUCUCCAAUACCAACCAGGGGUCGGACAGUUCUGUCCCCAGGUUAUGGCGCACAGGUCCCCACUUCAGACAGCAGCCUCGAGUCCUUGGCCACCCAUACUUAUGAACGACCCGCUGUAAAUCAGGGGUUCCCUCCCACCCGCUCAGAGGUUUGCUAGAAUGGCUCAUAGUGCUCAAGCAAGCAGUUCAACAGGAGAGCGGGGUGUGGGGAAUGGUACAGGGCUGCCAUGACUUCAGGCGUCACCCUCCCAGCAUCUCCAUGUUUUCACCUGCACCCCAUUGUUUAGGAGCUUUUACAGAGGUUCCAUGAUUGAAUGAAUCACUGGCCAUUGAUAAUUUUUGUUUUGUCUUCUAAUUUUAGGCCACACCUCUGGGCAUGUGGGAUUUUAGUUCCCUGACUAGGGAUCGAACCCCAGCCCCCUGCGGUGGAAGUGCAGAGUCUUAACUACUGGACUGUCAGGGAAGCCCCUGGCAAUUAGUGAUCAAACUCAAUCUCCAAGCCAGAAAGUGGGACAAAACCCAAAUAUUUAUUAUAUCAAAUGCCCUGUCCCCAGGCCUGAGGGUCUGCCUUGGUCCCCAAACUGCCUCCCUCCCCCUCGCAUCCAGCCCUUUUUCAUCUGCCCCUGGUUAUUGUCUAGGCAGCUCUUCAUAUCUUUCUUUGAUAAGAGAUGUCUUAAUUAUCUCAAGACACCGUCCAGCAGACAUCUCUUGCAGGCAGCCUGCCCUGCCCACCGCUGCCUCUUAGGUCCCUCUGGUUGGGAGUGUCCCCCCUCACUUCUCUUUACUUAUUCUUGGCUGUGCUGGGACUUCAUUGUGGUGCUCAGGCUUUCUCUAGUUGUGGCGAGCCGGGGCUUCUCAUUGCAGUGAUUUCUCUUGUUGCGGAGCACAGGCUCUGAAGCGCAGGCUCAGUAGUUGAGGUGCAGAGGCUUAGUUGCCUUGUGGCAUGUAGAAUCUUCCUGGACCAGAGAUCCAACCCAUGUCCCCUGCAUUGGCAGGCAGAUUCUUAACCCUUGGGCCACCAGAGAGGUCCCCCCAGUUCACUUCUGACUCCCCCACAACUGGAGCCCCUUGAGGGCAAAGUCGACUAGUUUGAGAGCCCCCAUUCCCCAAGGCCAGGCUCUGACCAUGUUUCCUGCAAACGUUCCCAACUAUCCACCUUUUGGGUCAGUUCCAGGGGUGGAAACUUUCCAGCCGGAGGAGGCCGCUUGUUUUGGAAAGUUCCUGGGGGAGCCGCCCCCGCCCGCCUGCCGGGUUCCCACGCUCCUUUAUCACUGGGCGCUUAGAGGGGCUCAGAGCUGUGCAGGCCUAGCUCCUCCCAGAUGGCCGCCUCUGCCCGGCCGAUGCUCCCUCGCUUCCCCACGGAGCAGUCUCUCCCCCUGCCCCCACCCCAGCCCUGACCUUGAUAGGCUUGACAGCCCUCCUGCUACAGGUGGGGGCACCGAGAACUCACAGCCACCCCCCUUACCCCCUCUCCGGGGCGAGCCCUGUGGGAGUGGAGAGUCUGACCGCUGCUCAAGAAGGGGAAGAGGAGGGAGCCUGGGCUGGAGGAGUGUCACGCUUUGAAAUCCGAUUCCUCGCUUGGUCUUCUGCCUCAGUUUCCCUUGCCUUAGUUUCUCCAGAGACGCCCCCUCCUCCAACCCACCAAAUAAUGAGUUUCCAAGCCUAACUCAAACUCUGCCUCGUGGCUGUGGCUCGGCGCUCCCUUACAGCUUUAAAGUCCUCUUGUGUACAGUGGGGAUAGGCGGCCGGGGGUCCUAAGUGACUCACGCGGGCCGAGUUAGGGCCGGGGCCUGGAGCCCAGGUUAUUUGCCCGACCGGCCAAGAACCAGACCGCGGCGGAGGCUUGGGACCGAAAGGCCUCGAACCCGAGCCCAAGGUCGGUGCGCGCCCUCCCCCCGCCGCGAGCGCCCCUCCUCCCGCGCGCGGGCGGAGCGAGGGGCGGAGCGGGGGUGGAGCCACGGCUCUUUUCUCUGGAGUUCGCGCGCCCCGAGCCCUAGCCGUCUGCCGCUGCCCCAGCCGACUCCACAUCGAUUGUCGCGAUGGAGGCCGCAACUGAGUUCGUGGUCGAGAGCCCCGACGUGGUCUACAGCCCCGAGACCAUCGAGGCGCAGUACGAGUACCGGACGACGAGCGUCAGCCGCGAGGGCGGUGUCCUCAAGGUGCACCCCACGUCCACGCGCUUCACUUUCCGGACCGCCCGGCAGGUGCCCCGGCUCGGGGUCAUGCUCGUCGGCUGGGGCGGCAACAACGGCUCCACGCUGACCGCUGCCGUGCUGGCCAACCGACUGCGCUUGUCCUGGCCCACGCGCACCGGCCGCAAGGAGGCCAACUACUACGGCUCGCUGACGCAGGCAGGCACUGUUAGCCUGGGCCUGGACACCGAGGGCAAGGAAGUGUUCGUGCCCUUCAGUUCACUGCUGCCCAUGGUGGCGCCCGACGACCUCGUGUUCGACGGCUGGGACAUAUCUUCGCUGAACCUGGCGGAGGCAAUGCGGCGCGCACAGGUACUGGAUUGGGGACUGCAGGAGCAACUCUGGCCGCACAUGGAGGCCAUGCGCCCGCGGCCCUCUGUCUACAUCCCUGAGUUCAUCGCAGCUAACCAGAGCGCACGCGCCGACAACGUCAUCCCGGGCACGCGCGCGCAGCAGCUGGAGCAGAUCCGUAGGGACAUCCGCGACUUCCGGUCCAGCGCCGGCCUGGACAAAGUCAUCGUGCUGUGGACAGCGAACACGGAGCGCUUCUGCGAAGUGAUACCAGGCCUCAAUGACACCGCUGAGAACCUGCUGCGCACCAUCCAGCUGGGCCUGGAAGUGUCGCCCUCCACACUCUUCGCUGUGGCCAGCAUCUUGGAGGGCUGUGCCUUCCUCAAUGGGUCCCCACAGAACACGCUGGUACCCGGUGCCCUCGAGCUCGCGUGGCAGCGCCGCGUUUUUGUGGGUGGAGACGACUUCAAGUCAGGCCAGACCAAGGUUAAGUCUGUGCUCGUGGACUUUCUUAUCGGCUCUGGCCUCAAGACCAUGUCCAUCGUGAGCUACAACCACCUGGGCAACAACGACGGGCAGAACUUGUCCGCGCCACCACAGUUCCGCUCCAAGGAGGUGUCCAAGAGCAGCGUGGUGGACGACAUGGUGCACAGCAACCCGGUGCUCUACUCGCCGGGCGAGCGGCCCGACCACUGCGUGGUCAUCAAAUACGUGCCAUACGUGGGCGACAGCAAGCGUGCCCUGGAUGAGUACACAUCGGAGCUGAUGCUGGGUGGUACCAACACGUUGGUGCUGCACAACACGUGCGAGGACUCGCUCCUGGCCGCGCCCAUCAUGCUGGACCUGGCCCUGCUGACUGAACUGUGUCAGCGAGUGAGCUUCUGCACCGACGUCGACCCUGACCCGCAGAGCUUCCAUCCGGUGCUGUCGCUGCUCGGCUUCCUCUUUAAGGCGCCACUUGCACCGCCCGGCAGCCCCGUGGUCAAUGCGCUCUUCCGCCAGCGCAGCUGCAUCGAGAAUAUCCUCAGGGCCUGCGUGGGGCUCCCGCCGCAGAACCACAUGCUUCUGGAGCACAAGAUGGAACGCCCUGGCCUCAAGAGAGUUGGGCCCUUGGCCACUGCCUCCCCGGUGCUUUGCAAGAAAGGAUCUGUGCCGACCGCACCCAAUGGCUGUACUGGUGACGCCAACGGGCACUCACAGGCUGAGGCACCCCAGAUGCCCACCACCUAAGGCCCUGGCCUUAGGAGUUAUGACUCCCCUGUAACUCCUGCCCCCAUUGCUCCCCAGGACCCGACCCUUCUAGGCCCCCUGAAGACAAUAAAGCCAGUGCCACUAUGAGCCACA